UAGAAAAACCAAUUACUAUCUCCCUCACUCCUUUUAUCGAAACCCUAGCGCAGAGAACGGUUUCUCUCAUCGUUCUGUGCUUUCUCAUUCUUUCUCAUCGUUCCCUCUCGCCGUCGCGGGGUAAAAAAGAAGAGAGGCAAUUUAAGCCUCUUUUUUCGUUGAAAGGAAAAAUGAUGAGCACGGGGCCAAUCUUACCUCUUCCUGCUCCUCCUUCUGAUGGAAACCUCGGUCCACUUCCGCUGUCUCAAGUGCCUGAGCAGCAAAAGGAUGAAAAGCCAAUUGAGGAACAGAAUCAAACCAACUCAGCUCCUGCUUCUGUCGCGACUCACACUAGAACAAUUGGAAUAAUACAUCCUCCUCCAGACAUCAGAGGCAUUGUAGAUAAAACUGCAACAUUCGUUGCCAAGAAUGGGCCUGAAUUUGAGAAAAGGAUUAUAGCAAACAAUACUGGUAAUGCAAAGUUUAAUUUCCUGAUUCCUUCCGAUCCAUACCAUGCAUAUUACCAGCAUCGAUUGUCUGAAUGUCGUGCCAAUCAGUCAUCUUCACAGCAGCCGUCUGGACAGCCUUCUGACCCUAAUGAACCUGAGUCUUCUCCACUAGCUCUAGCUGCCAAUGGCAAUGAAUUAAUUGCACCAAAGCCUGACCCAUCUGCCCAGUUCAAACCUGUGCGUAAAGUCCUCGAGCCCCCAGAAGCUGAGCAGUAUACGGUCCGGCUUCCUGAAGGAAUUACUGGGGAAGAACUGGACAUUAUUAAGCUUACAGCCCAGUUUGUAGCUCGAAACGGGAAAUCGUUUUUGACAGGAUUGACUAGUAGGGAGAUCAAUAACCCCCAGUUCCAUUUUCUGAAGCCUACUCAUAGUAUGUUCAUGUUUUUUACUUCACUGGCAGAUGCAUAUUCAAAAGUGUUGAUGCCUCCAAAGGGCUUGACAGAGAAGCUUAAGAAUAGUGUUUCUGACAUGACAACAGUGCUUGAACGAUGUUCGAAUCGGCAACUAUGGGAGCAGUCACAGGAGGAGGCUAGGGCAAAAGCUGAGAAUGAAAUUGAGCAGGAAAGAAUACAAAUGGCCAUGAUAGAUUGGCAUGACUUUGUUGUAGUUGAGACAAUAGACUUUGCCGAUGAUGAGGAUGAGGACUUACCCCCUCCUAUGACUCAGGAGGAGGUUAUUCGGAGGAGUAAGAUUUCAGCUGUAGAAGAAGAGAUUGUUGAGCCCAGCAAAGAGGUAGAAAUGGAAAUGGACGAGGAGGAGAUGCAACUUGUUGAGGAGGGCAUGAAAUUAGCUAGACUUGAUGAGAAUGAUGAAGAAAGGAAAAAUGAGAUAAGGGUGUCGGAGGAACCUGAACCACCAAUGAGAAUCGUUAAGAACUGGAAGAGGCCUGAGGAAAGGAUGCCUGCUGAAAGAGACCCAACGAAAUAUGUUGUUUCUCCAAUCACUGGUGAGCUGAUUCCAAUUAGUGAAAUGUCUGAACACAUGCGGAUUUCUCUCAUCGAUCCCAAGUUCAAAGAGCAAAAGGAGAGGAUGUUUGCUAAGAUUCGAGAGACUACUUUGGCUCAGGAUGAUGAGAUUUCUAGAAAUAUUGUUGGACUUGCACGAACCCGUCCUGAUAUCUUUGGUACCACGGAAGAAGAAGUCUCCAAUGCUGUCAAGGCUGAGAUAGAAAAGAAAAAAGAUGAACAACCAAAGCAGGUAAUUUGGGAUGGUCACACAGGAAGCAUUGGGCGAACAGCGAACCAAGCUCUGUCGCAAAAUCUCAUUGGAGAGGAUCAGAAUGAUGCCGCUAAUAAUGAUUUUAGAACACUUCAUGGUCCAGCUGCUCCUCCUCCUAGACCUGGUGUGCCAUCCAUUCGUCCUCUUCCGCCACCCCCUGGACUUGCUUUAAAUCUUCCUCGUAUGCUUCCUCCGAACACAGCUCAGUAUUCUGCCCCAACUAGUGGUGGGCUCCCUGUACCUCCACCCAGACCCCAAGUGGUCCAAAUGAUUCCACCUGUUCGUCCUCCUCUACCACCAAUGCCCAUGAGUUCUGGACAACAAUCCUUUUUGGUGAACCGACCACACGCAAUGCCUCCAUCAAUUUCAGGGACUCCUCAAACUGGCCCUGUACCACCCCCUCCAGGAUCUCAGUUCACACACUUACCGCUUUCCCGUCCUUAUGCUCCUCUUCAUGUUCCCCCUCCUACAAUGCAUAUGAUGCCCCCACCACCUUUGCCUCAAGGAAUGCCUCCACCACCACCUGAGGAAGCUCCUCCACCGCUUCCAGAGGAACCGGAGCCAAAGAGGCAAAAGCUUGAUGAUUUGUUGCUUGUUCCGGAAGAUCAGUUUUUGGCCCGGCAUUCGGGACCUGUUCGCAUUACUAUUUCUGUUCCAAAUGUUGACGAAGGAAAUCUUAAGGGGCAACUUCUGGAAAUCACAGUGCAGUCUUUAUCUGAAACUGUCGGGAGUUUAAAGGAGAAAAUAGCUGGGGAAAUCCAGCUUCCUGCAAACAAACAGAAAUUGAGUGGAAAACCUGGUUUUCUCAAGGACAAUAUAUCACUUGCAUACUACAAUGUCGGAGCCGGGGAAACUCUCUCUCUUUCACUAAGAGAACGUGGUGGUAGAAAGAGAUGAAUACAUUCAUGAACGGGGAAACUCUCACUCGCAUAAGAUCCAGCACCCAGGGAUGUCUCUUACAGGCAAUGGGAAGUACGCAUGUUCCUUCUACCUUGCAGAGCAAUUAGGCAACUCUUUUUACUAAUUAUCAUAUUUCCUUGUGCAGUUGUUCGCAGUUACUUCCCUGGCCAAUUUAUAUUCCAUAUAGUUGUAUGACAAUCCAUAAACAUCAUUAUUAAAAAUGUCGGUGUUGCGAGAACUAUAAAACUUUCGGGUUAUUUUACUCU